CUGGCGACGCCGCAACCGGCCGGGCCUUCCAGACGGUGUGCACCCGGCCUCGGCGUCCGGACCAUGGCGAGUCGCCCGUCCUUCGCAGUGGGAGCAUCCCUCUCUUUGACCGAAGGGGCGCCGGAGGCUGAGAAGAAUGCAGCGGAGUCCGAGAACACAUAUAUCCUGAGGCCCAUUUUCCAGCAAAGGUUCAGGCCCUCCGUGGUUAAAGACUGUAUCCAUGCUGUGCUCAAGGAGGAACUGACAAAUGCUGAAUACUCUCCAGAAGAAAUGCCUCAGCUCACAAAACAUUUAUCAGAAACCGUUAAAGAUAAAUUAAAAGAAAUGGGAUUUGAUCGAUAUAAAAUGGUGGUGCAAGUACUCAUUGGGGAGCAAAGAGGUGAAGGAGUGUUGACAGUUUAUUCUGUGUUGUAGCAGCAUUUGGGUGUUUCUACUAUUGAAUCUUUGAAAAAGGUGGGAAAGAAGAAAUACGAACUCUUUAUAUUGUUAAAUAUCUUGACAAAAUAAAAACAAGUUGGCUCUUCA